CUAAGCAAACGUUUCUUCUACAGUCCCAGGUUGACUACGAGGCGGUGCAGAAGAUGUCGUACCUUGAGAUGUGUGUGAUGGAGACCCUUCGUCUUUACUCCCUCGUACCAUUCCUUGUUAGGGUUGCUGCUGAAGAUGUUCAGCUGAAAGACUUGACCAUCCCAAAGGGUAUGGGGGUAUCUGUGCCCGUCUUAGCCAUCCACUAUGACCCUGCACGCUGGCCAGAACCGAGGAAGUUCAUUCCUGAAAGGUUUACAAAGGAAGAGAGGGAGAAGCGGAACCCGUAUGACUGGAUGCCGUUCGGGGCAGGGCCGAGGAACUGUGUGGGGAUGAGGCUGGCUCUGAUGGAGCUGAAGGUUGGAGUGGCGAAGAUCCUGAUGAAGUUCCGCAUCACUACUGGACCAGAUACGGUGGUUCCUGUGAAGCUCAACAAAUGGCAGCAGUUCCCCACACCUGAGAUUCCCAUCCGACUGAUGGUAGAGCCUGUGGACUGAUUACCAUGUCUUCAUUAUCUUAAGUUGCCUUGGAAAUUAGUGCGAUUUAGUUGAGAGAAAUGCAUAUAUGAAUCCAAGGUUGAACCAAGAAGAAUAAUAGAUUAAAUGAUUAGAUAAUCAAUUGAACUGUAUCAACAUGUGACAAUUAACUGCAUAGAUAUUCAGUAAUGGUUAUCCUGAGAUUUCUUGAACGUCGGCUAAAAUAGAAUAGAUCGCCGAAUGUAUAGAAAGAUAAUUGCGAAUGGGCAAAUAAAUGAAUGGACGAUGGUAGGAGGGAAGACAAUGAUAACGUAUAUCAUGAUUUGCCAUCGUGCAGAAUCUAUUCUUGUUCAACGGUAUCCCGCCCCCCCCAUAAUUUUCUCCGUAAUGUUGAUACAGUUGUAAUAAUUAUUAUUGUUCCUUUGCAGUUUUGCAAUCUGUUUUUGUUUGCGGACUUUGUGUUUUGUUUAUGAAAUAUCAUUUCAUAUUUGAUGAAAAAAUUACCUAUUUUUCGCAACUCCCCAAAUGAUUACUUAGUUAUUAUAAGCUGCGGUUCAGAUCGAAUAGAAAAAAUAUGCACAUUA